AUGUCAUCAGUUCCAGCAGAGAGAAUCAUUCAAUAUCUGUCAGAGGCUCAGUCCGACGACCAUGAAAUCCAGGAAAGAGCUCUCCGAGCCCUGGCUUCCCUGACCAAGGUCAAUCCUCAAAACAGGAACUUGGUUGCACAUACACAAGAAGCAAUCCCAGGCUUCCUAACCCUCUCCAAGUCUCCCUCCUCCAUAAUCCAAAUCCUUUCAUUGGCCAUCCUCUUCAACCUCUCCCUAAACACUGACCUCAAGCAGCCGCUCGCCGACAUGAAAACCAUUUCCCACCUCAAUUCCAUCAUUGCCUCCCCAGACACUUCACCAGAAUCCGGCAGGCUGGCUUCCUCUCUACUCUGCAGCCUGGCAAUGCUCGACAAGAACAAGGCCAAAUUCGGCGUGGCAGGCACAAUCCAGCUUCUCGUCAACACGAUCUCGGGGCCUCGCUGUCAUGCAGCCUCCUCUCAUCACCUCCUUACCUCUCUAGCCGAGCUUGUCCACUUCCAUGGGAACUCCACCUUGGCAGUCAGAUCAGGAGCCGUUCCAGCUCUCAUGCGAGUGGUGACUGAGCGCACCGACGGCGCUGAAGACCUUGCGGGGACUGCUCUUGCGGUCUUGUGUCUCCUGGCUAAGUUCGACGAGGGACUUAAUGCUCUGAGAAGGAGCGAAGGGAUUGUGGAUUCUAUGGUGGUGGUGUUGAAAGGGAGGUGCAUGUUGAGCAAGGAAGGAGCAGCGGAGAUUCUUAUCAGGCUGUUCGACGAGAGCGAGGGGUGCAUGAGGGAUGCGCUGAGGAUGCCUGAGUUCACGAGCGUGCUGGCUGAUCUCUCGGUGAGGGGAUCGGUCAAAGCGCGGGAGAAGGCUUCUGUGCUUAUGAAGAAGAUGAUGGAGCUGGCUGACUUGGAUGGUUCUUGUGAUCAUGCUGAUGCCAGCCCUUUAGUACUUUGUCCCGUGGGAAUAUAUCAGUUUUGUUAA